GGCUAUAGGCUGCGAGCGGCGCUCCCCGAAGCGGCGGCGGCUCCGGCUCUGCCCGCUCACUCCGCGCCUGCCGCAGCCCCGAGCGCCCGGCGCUCCCUCGCUGCCGGCGCAGGCUGCUCCGUCGCUUCAGAGCGAGCGCCAGGCUGAGCCGGGGCAUUUCCAGGGAGCGCCCGCCGGCAGCGCGGCACCGACUGAAAUUUCGGCAUCUUCAGAGAGGGGAGGAAGACCCUCGUCUCCUGAAGCCUCCUCAAUGAGUGCCAAGCUCUCCAAGGAGUUGAGGCUGUCCCUGCCACCUUGCCUCUUGAACAGGACAUCUGCCACCUUGAACGCCAGCAGCACCUGCAUCACGCAAGUGGGUCAGCUCUUCCAGUCCUUCUCUUCCACGCUGGUUUUGAUUGUCCUGGUCGCCCUCAUCUUCUGCGUGAUCCUCCUCUCCCUCACCACCUUCCACAUCCACAAGAGGAGGAUGAAGAAGCGGAAGAUGCAGAAGGCUCAGGAGGAGUACGAACGGGACCACUGCACCCGCAGCAGCAAUAGCAGCAGCCAGCACCCCAGGGCAGGGGUGCGGGGAGAGGUGCCCCCCGGAAGAGACAGCCGGCUGGGAAGACCCCCCCAGGACUCAGAGAUCCAGCGCCCCUCUGCCUCGGCAGCCCCCAGCUCCCAGCCGGCACAGGCUUGUUUGGACACAGCUGGUGUGGGGCUCUUGCAAACGGUGGUUUUGUCAUGAUGGUUUGGGGGAGACCUCGCGAAAGCGCUGGUCGGUAUUUGUAAAUAUCUGAGUGAUUACUGUAGUCCCCGAAGAAGAAGAAAACAUUGCUAAUUCAAACGAACGAACAAGCCCACGAUCCAAGCGCAUGACAGAUCACACUGCGUUUCUCAUUGACUGUGCAAGGAAAGGAUGUGUCUUUUUACUGGAGAAGCAGCUGCACACAGCUAGCAAAUAUCAAGUCAUCCAUCUGGAGGAAAGGACCGGGGGCAGGGGUCCCUUUUCCCUUCACAUCGUUACCCCAAGGACUGGGACGAUCACACUCUCCCGGGCUUCUCUCUGCACCCCGCAUCACCAUCGUAUGGUGUGGAUCGGGGCGUGGGUGAACAGUGCGGGGAGAGAGGCAUGUCCGGAGGGUGCUGUGGGACCCCUGUCCCCUUGGAGCAGGACGACAGCCCACCGUGGUCUCCUCUCUUGUGCCAGAACCUGUGCCCCUCUCCCACCCCUCCUGUUCUCCUCAAGGACUGGAUAUUGUUUUGUUUAGAAGUGGCCACCUCCAGCUGGGCGUAAGUAACCUGCAAGCGCCCUCCGGCCCCAUGGCCCUGUGCCCCUCGUCUGCAGCACUGAGCGUCCCGCUGUCCGGAGGCUGGAGUGGGCUGGCUGCACAGAGCGACGCCUAAGCUUUCCUCUCCCCUCAGCCCCCCUCAUUUUCAAGUGCAACCCUCCCUCAGAGACAUAAAACCUGAAACCCAGUACCAUUUUUUGUGACUGGGAGGUGAUGUGCAGUAACUUGCCCAUCGCCCUCCCAGGGAGGGUGUCCCUGGACCUCCUGCUGGUCCUGGAGCAAACCCAGUUUUGCACCGGGCACCCUGCACUGAACGUGCUGCGUUUACAGCUUCGCCUCCCGACAAGGAAUCCUGCAGCAGUACAGAUCUGGCUUCUACUUUUUUAGGCUUAUAUAUAUAUUUUUAAUCCUCCUAAUCUAGUAGACAGUUAGGAACAGACAACACUUAAUUUUCUCCCUCCUUCCCCUUUUUUGGGAGUGACCCACACAGUUGUGAGGAAUGUCAGCUCUUAAACCCUGACAAAUACGAGUUUCAGAAGUGGCUGGUGUAGUUUCUCCUUGGGAAACACUGACAGUUUUUGUUUGCAGAUUGCAAGUGUGAGUGGCUGCUGUGUGUGUGUUGGAGGAAUCCAGAGCAAUGUCAGGUACAGGAACUGCGGCUUUGCUUAGCAAUUAAAUCAAUGACCAUUACUUGGAGGUGCCUUAACAGAGUGGCCGUAUCCAAACUUUGAAACACCUUGUGUUGUAUCAUAGCAGAGGCAGCCCUCUACUGUGCAUAUUAACAUCUAAAAAAUAUAGCAGAGAAAAAGUAAUCCCAAGGGAUUUUUUUUUCUCCUCUCCUGGCAUUCAGAGUAAUCCCAGCAGAUAGUGAUAGUCCAGUUUUUAACAGACAGUGUCCAGUUAUUCCCACUCUGCUCUGCUCUACUUCCCAGGGUGGCUGUUAGUCUGGGAAAAUCCCAGACACACAAUGGGAUGAGGCCCUGAGCAGGUAGAGAAUGCUGUUAACUGAUUUAAAUUGAGGAAAUGAGGUGACACAAGUGCUCUGUACUCCUUUGACAGUGCCAGUAUGCAGGGGUUUCAGGACAGUGCUUCUAUUACCUAGUUUUAUCCCUUUCCAAUCCUGCCUGGUCCGAUGGGAAAAUGCUGUUGAGUUUGGAUCCAUGCCUCCAGCGUUUUAGGCAAGUAUUGUAUCAUCCAACUCAAGGAGCUACUCCACCAGCUGAGGUUAGUGUGGCAAACAUACCUGCUAAUGAAUGGUGUUUUUUCACAUUGCCAUUUGAUAGGAAUGAUGGCUGAUUCUCAUUGCCAGCCCGUAUGAUCAGAUGCUAAUGGUUACUUUGUUGUUGCUGGGCAAGGAAAUUGGCUUUGUUUUGUUUUCCCUAAUAAAGGAUGCAUGAACUUUUGUAUUUAACCUCCUUAUGCAACUGCAGCACAGUAUUGCACCACAGGGAACAGAUUUAGGACAAUGACGAGUGUUCAGUGAACAGUAAUGGAGCUUCCUGAUCGUUGAUCUCCACUAAAUAGAGAGAUAUUACUUUCCCCUUUAUUUUUGUGCCUUUUAUUUUUUUUUAACUAGUGUAUAAUUUUGAGUUUUAUAAAAGCAAUAAGAUGUUCCAAAUCACUCCAGUGCGUUUCUGGUUGAUGAUUCCACUUCUUUAGUGUCUGAAGUCAGAUACUCUUCCUUCUGCCUUAUGCACUCAAGGCAUGCAAUAAUUCCCCAGAAGUGUACUGCUUGUCACAUCUCAUUGCAGUUAUAAAAUUGCCCUAUUUUUGAAGAAAAAAAGGAUGGAGAUAUAUAUAUCUUUAUAUAUACUAUGGAUAUAUAGGUAUAUAUAUUAUUUAUAUAAUUCUCAUGACACUAAAAGUAGUUGCAAAAAUGUAACUAGAAUUAAAAUAUGUUAUCAUGUAAAACUCUACCCUCUGUUAAUUAGCUUUGAUUUAAUAUUUUAAUAUCUCUGUAUUUAUGUAAAUCUAUGUAAAUUAUGUGGUCUAUAAGUAAAAUUUCAUACUUUAAUUUUCUCAGAACUGUGAGCUUCUUGUGGUGUCAUUUAAGGUUUUGCAUUUCUAAAAUUAAAUUAUACAAGGUAUCAGAAGUUAUAAAUUCCUAUUAUUACACAGAAAUACUGCAAUAAGGUUCAUGAGUACUCCCAAUACACAAUCCUAUCUCGAAGUAUUGCAAGCUUAUGAGGUUUAAUUGAACAGUCUCAGGAGAUCUAGCUGAUACAAGCAGGACACAUAGGUUUUCAUUUUCAUGAAACAAUAAGCAAUCUAGGGAAUAAAUGUGGAUUUUUAAAACGGAGUUUAUGCUUGGAGGUUCUGUCAAAUCAAUUGCUUCAAAACCCUACAGCUACAGCUAAACUUCUGCACUUAGCAUUCAGUAUUAAUAAGGCUGAUGCUUCUUUCCCCUCCCCCCUCCUACUUAAACUAGAAAAGUGUAGGAAAUUGUUCAUAUUUCUAAAGCAUACAUUUUUCAGCUAACUGUGAAACUGCCCAAAGGGUUUUGAAUAUACAUAUUUUAUGCAAGUGUAGUAUCUAUGUAUCUGUAUCCAUAUAUUUAAAUAUUUUUGUGUAAUCUUUUCUACAAUAUUUGAUAGAGAUGCUGGGUAAAUGCUCGUGCCAUUCUUGUAUGUAAGAAUGAAUUUAUACCCUCUCAAUAUGUACAUUCUUUUUUCUGUAAAUUGUUACAAGUUUGCACUGUUCUUGGUAAGUUAUGAUGGGGACUGGACAGCCGUGUGCUAAUGGACAGAAGAAUAGACUGCCUUUCCUCUGUGAAGGGGCACAGCUUCUGACAGGAUUUUCCUACUUCUGAAUAAGAAAUUGGGGCCUGUUGCCAACCAGCAUCUUGCGUGUGUAAGAAUAAGAAGCGCUCGACAGCACCAAACCCAUCCAGUUGUCCUGUGGAAGAAGCACGACACUACUUACUGAUUUCACGGAGGCUAAUGAGAAACCAGAGCCUGCAGAGCAAGUAGACAGCAGUGCUGGUUUGAAUCUGGGUGUCCAUGGUUCCCUGCCCUGUGCUCACGUCGUCAGAGCCGACUGCUUCCCCGGGGGCUUUGGGCGACUCAACGGGAGCUGCUUCCACCGACUUCGAAGGGGAUUGCAUCCAGCCCUUCGUCCACGCAAAAGGUGGCAGCUGUCCACGUCCCCAUAGCUGGCACUAAUCCGCCCCCAGCCCGGCAGGUUCAGCAGGGAUGGAAACCACUGCUGAGGUGUAUCAUCUCCGUCCGAUGGCUGGGACGCUGCAGCCUGGCAGCUCUGGGAACUGGCCCUGCUCUUGUCAGCCCUGCUUCUGUUGACUGAGGUGCUCAGGUUUGUCAGGCCAACGUGGAUCAUGGACGGCGAAAGUCACUUCAUUAAAAUUCAUUAUUUCAGCAUUUUCUCUGUGGGGUUUGUCUACUGCAAAUGCAAUCUCUGAGGUGAAAUUUGCAGGCUCUCCAUCCAGACAUGUUCUGUCUCUCGAUAUAUCUCUCUCAGAUAUAUAUCUGCAUAUAUAUAGCUGGAAAGAAAUGCUGGACAAAAAGCAAAGAACAGAGGUUCUGUAUUAUAGACAUAGCUGUCCUAUGACUAAAAACUGAGAUCUUUUUUGUUUUUGUUUUUAAUUAGUUUUAAAGGCUACUAUCUUUAAUGUAAAUAGCAAGUUACUAUGUGAUUAAUGUUUUCCAUAGCAUUUCUGAGUAGUUGCUAUCUUGUUUCUGGAAAACAAUGUCCAGUGUUUUGAAGCAACUGUGCUUUUCUUGUUCUGUUGUUAUGAAUAUGAGUGCAACUUUUAUGUAGGGAGGAAAAAACAUGAUGACUGGACUGAAUUAUUAUAAAAUCCAAUUAUAGGACUGCAUUACUUUUU